GUGUGUGUGGGGCCGGGGAUGUGUGUGUCUGUGGGGCCGGGGUUGUGUGUGUCUGUGGGGCCGGGGUUGUGUGUGUCGGUGGGGCCGGGGAUGUGUGUGUGUGGGGCCGGGGAUGUGUGUGUGUGGGGCCGGGCUACUUCUCCCGUCGCGGCGGCAACGAAAGUGAAAGCAGCGCCUGUCUGCCACAGCCACAGCCGCCAUGGCUGCCGCCGGUGGAGUGAUCGUGUCCCGGUCCCUAGCGCUGGCCCUUGUCCCCGCCGCCGCCCACCUGGUGCUGGGGCCGCUGUUGCCAGCAGCCUGGGCUCCGGCCGGCCUGGCCGCGCUGUUACUCGCCGCCCUGGCGCUGUCCCGGGUCCGGGCCCCGCUGCUCCGCUACACGGUCUGUGCCUGCCUACUGCCGCCGCUCUACGCCGCCCUUCGCCGGGCGCUGAGUCUCAGCCCAGGCCCCGGCCUCUCCUGGCCGCUCCUCCUGCUCGCACACGCCGCCUCGGCCUUGGCCUUGACCGCCCUGGAGCGGCUGCCCCGGGCCGCCCCGGCAACUGCCUCCCGAUCCCCGGCCGCUGCCGCCCAGCUCCCCCUACAGCGGACCAUCACCCGCCGCCUACUCGCCCUGUCCCGGCCCGACCUGCUCCCGCUCGCCGGCGCCUUCAUCUUCCUCGCACUGGCCGUGAUCGGGGGGAUGUUUGUCCCCUAUUACACGGGGAAGGUGAUCGACAUCCUGGGCUCCCAGUAUGACCAGCGCAUCUUCCUCUUUGCCAUCUUCUGCAUGUGUGCCACGUCCAUGGGAAGUUCCAUUGCAGCCGGCGUGCGCGGAGGCCUCUUCAUGUUCACAAUGUCCAGGCUCAGCAGACGCAUCCGUAGUCAACUCUUCUCCUCCCUGGUGCAGCAGGAGAUCGCAUUCUUUGACGCCACCAAGGCUGGGGACAUCACCAGCCGCCUCUCCACGGACACCACACUCAUGAGCCGCUCGGUUGGACUCAAUGUUAACGUCUUGCUGCGCAGUCUGGUGAACACGCUGGGAAUCAUUUCCUUCAUGUUCAGCCUCUCCUGGAAGCUUACCCUUCUGAUCUUCAUCGAAUCUCCCCUCACCAUCCUGAUUCAGAAGUUGUAUAACCGGUAUCAUAUGAGUCUGGUGCUGCAGGUUCAGGAUUCGAUCGCCAGUUCGAACCAGCUGGCCGGUGAGAUCGUUUCCUCCAUAAAAACGGUCAGGAGCUUCGCGGCCGAGGACCUGGAGUCAGAGCUGUUUGAGAAGAAGCUGCAGGAAACGCACCAGCUGAAGAACAAACGUGACCUGGUCAGAGCCGUCUACCUCCUGUGUCACAGGCUGGCCAUGCUCCUGAUGCAAGUGGUCAUGCUGUACUGUGGGCAGCUGCUGGUGAACGAUGGGCAGAUGACCAGUGGAAACCUCAUCGCCUUCAUCCUCUACCAGAUGGACUUUGGGAUCUAUGUGCGGUUGGGCCUUGAGCCUUCCGUUGACGGGACGAUCUUGGCUCCAGUAGCUGGCGGUCGGACCCUCUGCAUCGGGGCGAACCAACUCCUGCAUCAGGGGGGAUCUCAGCUACUCCGCGCCAGGCGAUUGGACCCUGGGUCGACAUCAUUCUCCACCCGAGGCUGCAAGCUCCUCGAUGUUGAAAUCCGCAGGCCUCGGCUGGAGCAUCAAACCCAGACUCUGAUCCGCAUGUAUUCGGAAAUGACCCAUUCUGUGGGAGCAGCGGAGAAAGUAUUUGAAUACCUCGACCGUGAGCCCAGUGUUCGCACUGACGGGACAUUGGUGCCAGAAUCUCUGCAGGGUCACCUGGAGUUCAAGGACGUGACUUUCUCUUACCCAACGAAGCCCGACGUCCCAGUUUUACAGGACGUGUCGUUCGAGGUGCGGGCCGGGGAGGUGACGGCCCUGGUGGGACCCUCGGGAGGGGGGAAGACCACCUGCGUCAGCCUCCUGCAACGUUUCUACAAGCCUCAGUCCGGCCACAUCCUGCUGGACGGGCGGCACAUCAAGGAGUACGAGCACAAGUACUACCACAGCAAGGUGGCGCUCGUGGGGCAGGAGCCGACACUCUUUGCCCUAUCGGUGCAGGACAACAUCCGCUACGGGCUGGAUCACUGCCCGCAGGCAGACGUGGCAGCUGCUGCCCAGAGUGCCAGCGCACGGGACUUCAUCGAGAGGAUGGACCAGGGCUUCGACACAGAUGUGGGCGAGGAUGGCGGGCAGAUCUCAGCGGGACAGAAGCAGCGGAUCGCCAUCGCCCGCGCCCUGGUCCGGAAGCCGCGGAUUCUGAUCCUGGACGAGGCCACCAGCUCCUUGGACACACACACCGAGUUAUCGAUCCAGCGGGCCCUGGCCCGUGAGCCGGUGGCCGCAGUUCUGGUGAUCGCCCAUCGGCUGAAGACUGUGCAGCGGGCGGACAGGAUCGUGGUGUUGGAGGGCGGCCGUGUGGUGGAACGAGGCACUCACACUCAGCUGAUGGAGCUCGGCGGCUGCUACUCCCGCCUGGUGCUGCGGCAGUUCACCAACGGAGAGCAGGGAGCGGCCGGGGGAGAGUAGGGGU